ACAUCUGCUCAAGUUACGCACUCACACAAGACACACAAACACACACAGCUCACGUGGACGCACGUACACACACACACGCAUCGCAUACUGAAGCUCAUGACAUUUGACCGGAACCACGCUUGAACCGAGCAAGCAGUGAUGGGUAUCCCCCGCCACCACCAACACCACCACGACCCGCUGCACUUUGCGGUGUUUCUCAUCGUGACGAUCGUCGCCACUGUGCCGGCCCCUUGCUGCUGCCAAACAGAGGGACGAGCCGCCGCCACCGCCGCCACGCCGUCCGCGAACUCGCCCGACGCGGAACGACGCUGCGUCUACUCGUUCGCGGUGGCCAGCGCCCCGAACGUGCGCUGCGUCGCGGCUCCCGACUCGACGGAGCUCGCGGGCAUCCUCAGGCGCCUCUCCCGCUUGGAGGCGGCGGUGAUCGGCCGUGUCCGUCCCGACGACCACGAUGGGAGCCACGGGGAGAGGGACGGGGAGAGAGACAGGGAGAGGGAGGACGGUGAGAGAGACAGGGAGAGAGACAGGGAGGACAGGGAGAGAGACAGGCAUAGGGACGCCAGGGGAGAACGGCGAGAGUUCCAGAGGGAAAGUUUGCAGAACGACAGGGACAGGAUGCAGAGGGACAGGGAUGUGAUGCAGAGCCAGAUGGAACGAAUUCAGAGGGACAGUGAGAGCUUGCAGAAGGACAGGGACCGGCUGCAUGCGGACAAGCUGCAGCUGGCGAGGGAGAACGCCGAGCUGGAGAAGAGGGUGGUGGUGCUGACUGCAGAAGCGGCGCUGCUGAGAGCCAAGCCCGAUCUCAGACGCGGCCCUGACACCCACGUGACUCCAGUGCUGCAGAGGAUGGGUUACGAGGAGGCGCGCGCGGGCCACUUGAAGGUGCAGCCGUUUGCAGCCCAUGCCACUGGAGCCAGCGAGCCCUGGGUCUGGGCUGUGGAGCCCACGGCGGUGCCCGAUUUCAUUCAGCAGGGCGCCCAGGACCGGCAGAGCGGCCAGAUGGAGAACUCGGGGUGCGGCGUGGUGGUCGGGGUGAGCGAGCCGGAGACGCGGCGCACCGCGGAGGGCCUCGACGGCAAGUACGGGGUGUGGAUGCGCGACCCGAGGCCCGUGGAGCCGUUCAGGCCGGGGCUCGUGUGGGCCCUCUUCACGGUGGGCUCCAACGUGCGUCAGCUGUUCGAGUACGAGGACGACGAGGGCUUCCGCAAAGGUUACCCGCGCAAGGUGUACGCUCUGCCAUACGCCGUAGCGAGCACGGGCGCCGUGGUGCUAUCCAACUGCCUCUACUACCAGCGGAGGAACUCGCGCCGCCUGCUGCGCUACGACAUGACCGCCGAGACGGUGCUGGCCGAACGCGACCUGGAAGGCGCCGGCUACCACGGCCACUACCCCUACUCGUGGGGCGGCUACACGGACAUUGACCUCGCCGUGGACGAGGAGGGCCUCUGGGCUAUCUACAGCACGGCGGCGGACCGCGGCGAGAUCGUGCUGGCGAGCCUCGACCCGCAGUCGCUCAAGGUGACGAGGCGCUUCGAGGUGCGCGGCGUACGCAAGAGCUCCGUGGCCAACGCGUUCGUGGCGUGCGGCCGCCUCUACACGCUGAGCAGCUACGCGCAGCGGCGCUCGGCGCUCAACCACGUGUUCGACACGCGCACGCAGGUCGCUCGCUCCAUCGCCGUGCCGUUCACCAACCGCUACCAGUACCUGGCCAUGCUGGCGUACAACCCGAGCGAGCGCCGCCUCUACGCCUGGGACAACUACAACAUGGUCACGUACAACGUGACGUUCGCCUGACGUUCGCCCGUUGUCGUCGUGUUUUUUGCGGGCGCGUGCUAGGGUUGCCCGCGAUAUGUAUAGAUGCAAAAUAAAAAAAUAAAAAAUAAUGCCAUGAUGUACGACACACGUUCCAAAGGCCGUCCUCGUUGUCGUGGAAGAGUAGGCCAAAUACCACUCUGGCGAGGGAAGAGGUCUCGAGUUGCCUCGAGUGGAGGCGCUACUGCUGGCAAGCAACUGGCAGCGCUGCGCCUGUGACGAUGCCCUAAUCAAUGUUGACGACGCGAUGAUUAUUAUCGCGAUAUCAUCAGUGGGUCUUCUGUUGCUCGGUGUCACCAGCAGCAGAAGAGCCGUGACGCUCAUAGCGGACGCACAACGUUUUUGAUUCGUUCGGUCGCGACGUAGAUCGAUAAUUGAAUUAACGACGACGGUUAUGACGUCAUGUAAUUGCCAUUCCGUUAAGGAUCGCGAAGAAACAAAAAGUAAUUUUGCAAAGCACCAAAUUAAUAGCUCAAUAUUAAUUCACAACAUGAAUUACUGCGUUCGACGGUUCAGAGAUAGUCGCGCAAAAGAAAUCAAAUCAUCACGAUAAUCACGAUUUAGCCAACGUCAUCCUUCAAAACGGACCGGCACGAUUUUCGCGGACCUUGCAUCGUACGGACACGUCGUAGAAUCGCCAUAUCGCAGACUACCCUGGCCGACCCGCACGUAGACGUGGCUCUUUGGGACAAAUUCGCGUUUGUCGGCUACGUGGACGAGGCCUACGAGGCUCGCAAGGAAUCGCGGGGUUCCUCGAGCCAGGUUGCCUCCUUGGGCGAGCUGCCAAACGGCUUUCAUUUCGUAAACAGCUCUCUGUCAUCUCAGCUCCGUCGGCAAUGUCUUCUGUUCCGCUUUCUUUGCAUUGUUACGCGCGUAUGCACGUUGAAUUGAUUUCGCACCGCACGCAGCCGAACGUGCCAAUCGGAGGUGCGGGGGAAAGAAACCAAACUAGACACAAAAAUCAGUUCUAAGGAAAUGAGUUUUCAAUCGAGAUGAUUUAAAAGUGCACAGCUCCGAGUGGCUUCUUGAUAUCGGAAGGAAGAGCGUUCCAGACGGCCGCAGAAUCGCAUCCGAAAGCGCGCGAUGCAAGUGACCACAUUCUUUGUUAGGUGGCUAGCCAAAAGCCGUUGCUGUGAGGAUGACCUUUAGUUCACGUGAUGCUUUAUGCUACUCGACGAGACCCAGUAGCAUCCACCUCAUCAGAUAUUCUCGGAUUGUAUACGGUUGGCUAGGUACGGUGUGAAAGAAGUUCUACGUACAAUCUCCACCAAAAAAAACCCCAUUGUUUUUGCUCUGAAAGGUGUCUGGCCGGCGUGCAAGAGUAGGCCAAAUACACCCGAAGGAUUUUGCGAGAGGCCCUAUGAGUGGAUAGACCCUUCCCGCUAGCAGUGAGGGUCAACGAGGCAUUUCAGGGCUACACCAUGAAUCUUUACAAGGCCCAUUUAAGUCACAAGAAAGAGAAGGCGACCACAAAAAAACCCCUCCUAAAAAUCCUCAAACCCAAUUUUGUCACGAAACCCAAUUUUAGCCACGAAAAUUGAGUUUGGCUCACCUGGCAGAAAUCCAGCAGGGUUAACGGGAAAUGGACUGCGCCGCCGAGAUGUGAAUCUAGUUUCGUGGCCGCUUUGAUGAUCAUCUACGUUUUCGGUGGCACCGGCAGUGGAAGUUGUCCAGUUCACGAGACUCACAUCGAGCACCAACGUUGUUGGACACCAAGGCCAACAUUUCUGCUCGCUCAGCUAAGUACAACUGCAGCCCUCGCCAAUUCAUCAAUGGUCGUCGGUUUAUUCAAUUUGUUGUGUUUCCCCAGACGAUUCGAGCACCGUACAAAGAUAUUUAAUGUUAAGUGAAUUUUCAUGCAUUUCAGAUGGGGUUUUUUUUUAGGUCAGGAGUUGCAUUUAAUGUUAAUCUUCUUCUCAGAGACCCUUUCCCCAGAUCGCUCUAACACUAUUGCCACCGCUGCGCAAUAUAUCACACAGCAAUACCGCAUUCUCUCGAUUAUAAGGGCCAUCAGAGCAAACAUCUUCGGUAUGAUUUUACAUAUCCGGUAAAUGUGUGUACCUGUGUCUGGCCGACAAACAACGGCAAAAUUAGUGGCUAGCGCACUGCGCUACGAACCCGGCGAGCCCGAGUUCGAUUCCCGCUCACGGCCAACACCAGUGAACCGGUCCUGGGCCUCCUCUAGGUCGACUCGGCCUCAAAUGAGUACCUGGUACGAUGUGUAAAAAAACAAUAAAAAAACAUUGCCACCAAGGAGACAAAGGCGGCCGGGCAUGGCGCUGAACGCUCAUAGGUGCUCGCAAACAGCACUUGCCCCAACAGUCUUCCAAAAGGCUAUACGGGGGGAGUCUUUGUCUGACCGAGCACAUAUUCGGGGUGCGUCUGACUGUGUGGAACGCCUUAUAAUCAGGAGAAUGCGGUCAUACGCUCCAAGUGUGAUGUCGACAUUUGCGUUAUGCACGGUCGUGACUCAGCGGCGGUGCUAAUUUAGUCAGACUGUGCUGUUUAAAAAAAAAUUCUAGUCACGGCAACCUGACGUGGGAUUUUAGUUGAGCCUUCAGUCGCUGGAUUUCCAUAACAGGUUUUUGGGUGAGAUCGCGUAAAUAUAUAAAUGUGUCGUUAAACCCGCCACCACCCGACACAGCCAACUAGUAAGGGUUGUCGCGUAAGCGGAACGUGGCCAAUUCGUCACCAGUACAGCACUAGUGUGUAGUGUAUAGUGGAGUGUAGUGUAGUGUAUAGUGUAGUGUAUAGUAGUGUAGUGUAUAGUGUAGUGUGUAGUAGUGUAGUGUAUAGUGUAGAAUAUAGUGUAGUGUAUAGUGUAGUGUGUAGUAGUGUAGUGUAUAGUGUAGUGUAUAGUAGUGUAGUGUAUAGUGUAGUAUAUAGUGUAGUGUAUAGUAGUGUAUAGUGUAGUGUAUAGUGUAGUGUGUAGUGUAGUGUAUAGUGUAGUGUGUAGUAGUGUAGUGUAUAGUGUAGUGUAUAGUAGUGUAUAGUGUAGUGUAUAGUAGUGUAUAGUGUAGUGUAUAGUAGUGUAUAGUGUAGUCUACUAGUACAGCACACCGGUGUGUUGGAGAGCCAAGCCGCAACAUUUACAAUAUGAGUACGACGUUUCGCCAGUAAUUACAACUAGCUUCAUCAGGCGACAGCCAGAUUUGUGGAGAAGUCCACCUGUUUCAUUCCUUAUAUAGAGGCGUUGAUGUGUUGACCACGCAGAUACGCUCUUGCACAAUGUGGGGGGAGGGGAUAUUAACGAGAUCUCACACAAGAACCUCUAUUAUGGAUGAUAUUGGUCGCGAAAGCCUCCGUGUUAAACUCGCUGGAUUUCGUUUAGUCAUGUACCUUGGCAUCGUUGACUAAAACAGUCAAAUAGGUGGGCCCACUGUUAGUUCUGUAAUGUUGUUGUGAGGGGCGUGGAAUAGUGAACCCGGUAAAAGUUACUACUAUAAUCAGCCAAGAAUGUCGGUGUGUGUGUAAUGCGCGUGACGUCACUCCUAAUGCCGCACCUCCCCCUACCCCCGUCAUUAAUAUUCAUGAGCGGGUGGAUUUUUACGCUCACGCAGAAGAUCGAGCGUAAAUAUAUUUUUUCGCAAGUUCGCUUUAAGUUUGAUGUUUCUUUAUUAAAAGUG